AUGCAGCAUGAGCUGCAGCAGCAGCACUUUGCAGCGCCGCAGUAUAUCAAUGGCCGCAUAAAAUCUGAGAAUGGCUCCGAACGCGGCGUGUCGCCUCACCCUUCCGACUCGUCGCGUUAUUCCUCCCAGCAACCCCCCCAACUGCCCCCCUACCCUCCGAUGCCUGCGCACAACAUGAAUGGCAUGCGCUACCCGUCUCCUUCCGCCAUGCAGACGUCGAUGCCGCUGUUGAAUAACAACAGCUACAUUCCCCAUCCUCCUGAGCACGCCUACCCCCCACCCCAGCAGGCGCCAGACCAGCAGAACCAGCAGGCGGGCGGUCGACCGGUGAACGAGUCGGGCCCUCCCAAAGCUUUCCCAUGUUCAACGUGCGGAAAGGGCUUCGCGCGACGCAGUGACCUUGCGCGUCAUGAACGCAUCCAUAGCGGCGUCCGCCCGCAUGUGUGUGACUUCCCCAACUGUGGCAAACAGUUCAUUCAGCGGUCGGCCUUGACUGUCCAUCAACGUGUCCAUACUGGAGAGAAGCCUCACAUGUGUGAGCGAUGUGGCAAGCCGUUCAGUGACUCCAGCUCUUUGGCUCGCCAUCGCCGUAUUCACUCCGGGAAACGCCCGUACAAGUGUCCCUAUGCCGACUGCCAAAAGACGUUUACUCGUCGUACUACCCUAACCCGUCAUCAGAACCAGCACACCGGCACGGUUGAAGAGGCUGCCGCUGCCACGGCUGCAGCCCUCGCCUCGAGGGCGAACGCCCCAAGCCGCGCCGGUCGUUCCGAUGCUGACGAGUUCUCCGAGACGACCUCUCAGAUUGGCACCGCAUCACCACACGAUCGGCCGCUCUCCCUGUCGCCUGCCGCUGGCAUGCCUGCGGGCGUCGUGCCGAAUAUGCACCGUCAAAACUCCGACUAUGCCUACAUGCACGGUAACAUGAAUGUGCCUGCGCACAUUCGUAACGAGAUGCCCCAGGCCAGCCCUCGAGCGUCUCCCUCCCUCACCUCCCAAAACUAUCCUCCCAAUGUUGCCGCCCAGCGACCUGCGAUCACCUCCCACCCUAAUGGCUAUGGACCACCACCGCAGAUUUUGGAGCCUCCGGCCUCGGCCAACCAUAAUCAGUCCGCCGGUCCUGGAAGCGCCAACGGCAGCCCCCACAUGUCGGCUAUGGGCUGGCAAUCGCCCAGCCAGCAGGCCCUCCCUUCCCCAGGAGCCGGAGAGAACUAUGUCUAUCCUGAUCCUCACUAUGGUGGCAACUCCAACAACAUGUACUAUUCGCAAACGUCCAUGCCCCGUCGCCCCAACAGCACGGAGCCGGACCACUACAACCCGAACCAGCGAGGUUUGUCUAAUGAGAUGUGGGCGCCCGCGGUUCAGUAA